AUGUCGCAACCAGCUAAUGGUAACGAAGCAAAAAAAGAGGAAGAGGUACCGAUUCCCAAAAACGAAGAUUUCUUCGAGUCGAAAACCUUCCGUUUGAUAACAUUGGCCUUGUAUAUGGGCGGCGUGAGUGGCCUGGGCAUGACGUUGGCCAUGUAUUAUUUUUUUAUAUGGGAUUCGCGUAUGCCACCAUUGCCAGAAUUCAAACAUACACAUCACAUCGGUUAA